ACGCCACUACCCCACCUACGCUGAAAAACACCACAUUCCCAGCAAAAACCUUCGCCGCCGGCAGGCCCCGCGCUAGUCCCGCGCCGCCGCCAUGCCGCCCGAGCAGCUCCUCCCCCGCGCCGCCUCCGCGGGGGGCGGCGACCGCGCCGAAGCCGGCGAGGUGGUGAUGGUGCGCCGCUCGGCCGUCGUGCCGUGCGUCACCUGCGGCCUCUGCGGCAGAAUCCUCCGCGACGCCACCACCGUCUCCGAGUGCCUCCACUCCUUUUGCAGGAAAUGCGUAUUUAAGAAGUUCAAGGAUGAGGAUACCACAUUCUGCCCUACUUGCAGCACUGAUUUGGGAUGUGAUCCACUUGAGAAGCUCAGAACAGAUCACAGCCUGCUAUGCUUAAGGUUAAUGCUAUUUCCUGUGAAGAGGCGCAAGGUUGAGGAAAUCUCACUCCUGCAUCCAGCAUCAGUUUCCCUGCCUUUUCAUUUACCCCAAAUUCAUGGAGUUGGUCAAUCAGGCAAGAAAACUGAUGCAUUUUUUAUGGGUGAGUCAAUGAAUGGUGAAGCUGAAGCAGAGGCAGCUGAAAGUCUUGGGAUGGAACUUACUGCAUCUCCAAUGAAAUCCAGCAUGUGUUCAAGGAGUACACCUGCUGAAGAAGUUGGCACGUUCAUAGUCACUGUCGAGAAAGAGAGGAGAGCAAGGGCAGCCACUGAACCUACCCUUUCUUCAGAGGUUCAGAUUGCUGUGGAAGGAAGCGCUGCACUGCCUCCUGCUGCUUCACAAAGAGAAACUCAUGAGGUAGAGGUUGAGAAUACUGCAAGGACAUUGGAGGAGGUCGAGUUCUACAUAGGGCGAAACCAAUCCUUACAGUCAGAGAAUGCCAGACUAAGAGAAGAAUUGGAAAAAGAAAGAGCUGAAAAGACUGUUGCUGUUGAGACAAGAAGAAUUCUCGAAGCAGAGAGGCUCCAAAGAGAAUCUGAUGUAACCCAAAGUACUGCAAGAAUGCUGGAGAUGAUUCAGGCCUGCACAGGCCAAAACCAAGCCUUGGGGGUUACAAAUGCUAGACUAAGAGAAGAAUUGGAAACUGAAAAGGUUGCUGCUUUUGAUAGAGCAAGAAUUCUUGAAGGGAGGCUCCAAACAGAGUCUGAGAUCAGACAGAAGAUGGAAGCUGUUCAGGGACUAGUUGAUUCACUGAUUGCUGCUCAAAGACUACUAAUCCAGGACUAUCAGGCUCUCAAGUCCGAAAUUUCAGAGAAAAAUGAAGAGCAUGCUACACUCCUAUAUGAUAUCAAUGUGCUUGAGACAGAGAAGACAUGUCUAGAAUAUCAAGUUGAUUAUCUGACCAAAUCCUUAGCUGAGAGGACUGCAAGAAUAUCGGAGAGGUUCGACACCUAUUUACGCCGAAGCCAAGCAUCGGAGGCAGAGAAUGCCAGACUAAGAGAAUGCCAAUUUCAGAGAAUUGGACAAUGAAAGAGCAAAAAGGGCUUUUGACAGGACAAGAGCUCUUGAAGCAAGGCUCCGAAGAGAGUCCGAGAUAGCCCAGAGCAUAGAAGCUGCUCUAAGUCAGUUAAAUAAGGGACUACCAGGUUCUUGAGUCAGAGAUUUCAGAGGAAACUGAAUAGCAUGCUACACCCCAAUUUAAUUUUUUUGACCAGCCUGUACAAGUUGCCUAUACGGUAUGCAUAUGAGCAUAUCAGGAGCUACAGGUGGAAACACCAGCUGCUUCUCUACUUGUCCCACUGAUUUGAGCGGCUCAGCAGGAUAAGCUCAGUCCCAUUUUUGGUACUGUGAGUCUGCGUGUGUUCUAAUGUUGCUGUAUCAUACACUCUUUUCUCUGUCUCUAAUCUUGAUAGGCUUUUUGUAUAUAAGCCAGUGCUAUCUGCUACUGGAGUGAGGUUUUGACAUGUUGCAGGCAUGAUGCACAAUCUAUAAACCAAUGCUCGACGUUGGAAUUGA